AUGCGGAUUACUGGUUGGCUCUUUCAAUCUUUUUCUUCACGGAUCACCUUCUUCAGGCGUGAGGGCUGUGGUCUAUGUGUCCAGGCAAGAUCUGUCUUGUCCGAUGUAUGGGACCGCCGGCCGUUCGAAUACAAGGAAGUCGACAUUGUCAAGCCGGAAUCCAAGGCCUGGAGAGAUCUUUAUGAUUUUGACGUUCCUGUGAUUCACAUCAGCAAGGCUCAAGCCCCAGAAGAAGACCCGAAGCUCUCAUCCAAGGCCGUCAAGUUGAUGCACCGCUUCACGGUCGAGCAGGUUGAAGCCAAAAUGGAUCAAGUCGAAAAAUCAUGA